UUUCAAAUUCAAAUUUUGCAGCUCCGGUGGCAACUGCAGGAGAUGUCUGUACUGAUUCUGCAGCUAAAGUUACAGUCGAUUCUGGGGUGGACGCAAAACUUUUUUACAACAGAUCAAAUCAUGAAGAUGACCAACAUUUUCGUGGCUAUCGUGCAUACGCACAUUCGUCCGUAUUUGCAUUCAUGAACAAAACUGGAUUAGAUGGCGCUUGUACUCAUCCAGUAGAGGAGAUUUGUUUGAAGGGGAAGACCGAAUUUAAGAAGGUGAACGAAAGCCUUUUGAUGAUAGAAAUUUUCAAUGUCGCUGUCAAUGAUGGUGGCAAGUACAAAGUCGUGGCCCUGUUCUCAUAUACACAUAAUGAUACGGAAACAGAGAAAUGCUUACAAGUACACCAUCUAAAUGUAUCAGGUAAGCAAUGGAUAUGCAAGCGUUUCUCGUCAGAAAUAUCAAGCAAUCCUGAACAAAACUUAAUAGUUUAAAAACUGGUAUUGGGUUUACAUUUCUCCACUUCAUAUCUUUAAAACUAAAAUCCAGAUUUUCAAGGGAACUUUCAUGAAAAGUCUAGAUCCCCUCUUCCGGAUUUUAAAAAACUUUAUCUAGAUAUUAUGUCAUUUUUAAACUUUGUGCUGGUGUAUUGACGGGGCAUCUUGAACUAUAACUAUAGAGCGCACGCUUAUUUUCCUGCUACUGUUCCCAGUCAGAGAGCUAGGAGAUAUCUAAGGUUAUCAACUAUUUUAUUCCCAAGUAACCACCAUAUUAAACUGCUUGAGACUUUGGUGUUGUUAUUUUUUCGCAGUCUGUGCUUCAGAUCUCUCAAAAUAUAUUUCAAAGUCAUAUAAUAUUUACACUCUGUUCAGUUAAAGGAAAGGACAUCUGUCUCCCUUGUUUCUUGAAACUGAGCAUUUCUACCGCGGAAAUCUACUUUUCAAAUAAUUGCGUAAACUGCGACUGCCCAGCAUGGUUUAUUUAUUAAUCGUGAAUCAAUGAUCACGCUGUAUAUCUACUACCUAAAUCCUUCUAAAUUCGUAUGUUAAAUGCACAAUUUGAAAUAUUAUCAUUCAUGUUUUAGAUAACAGCACAGAAACCACGACAACUCCAGUUCCUCACUCGAUUAAAGUCUACAGCCCCAGCAGCAGCUCAGGUAAGCGUUGCUAGGGGGAGUAGUCACUUCCAGUCUGUAACACACGGUGUUAUUGACGACUUAUCCAGUUCAACUGAAUUAAUAAUGUAAUUGGCCACCAUUAAGAGAGUCAAAUACUGACGUCUCGACCAUCAGCCGCUCGUCAGAGCGAAUCAAUAGCUAGGUAUGAGCUUCACAUAUACGGACGACAAGCCACGCUAAAACUAAUUUUACUCUAUGUAAACCCUAGAUUAACUCCCGAGUUUACAUAACUCCUUGAGCAUGGUUUAUUUAUUAAUCAUGAAUCAAUGAUCACGCUGUAUAUCUAUAAAUAUUAAAUUCUACUAAAUUCGUACGUAAAAUGCACAAUUUGAAAUAUUAUCAUUCAUGUUUUAGAUAACACCACAGAAACCACGACAACUCCAGUUCCUCAAUCGACUAAAGUCUACAGCUCCAGCAGCAGCUCAGGUAAGCGUUGCCAGGGGGAGUAGUCACUUGCAGUCUGUAACACAUUAGUAAUUGGCCGCCAUUAAGAGAGUCAAAUACUGACGUCUCGACCAUCAGCCGCUCGUCAGAGCGAAUCAACAGCUAGAUAUCAGCUUCACAUAUACGGACGACAAGCCAUGCUAAAACUAAUUUUACUCUACGUAAACCCUAGAUUAAGUUCCGCGUUCGCAUAACUCCUCGAAUGUUUCCCUGUCGUCCAGAUGAACUAUGUAAGCGCGAGACAAGUCCUCUAAUGCUGAAAUAUAAAAUACUCUGCUUCUUAUUUUGCAUUUCUGGUGUUCUUAUUGUUUCAAGCAAUUCCUGCUAUCAUUUCAUAAUUCUCCCAAUUUAUUUUCGGUUGGAAGUGAACGUAACGCUUCCUGGGGCAAUAAAAAAAGAAGUAAAAUAAGUAAAAGUAAAUGUCAUCUCGGUAACAAUAAUAAAAGCCACAAAUUUCGAUAUGGCUCUUUCAAACAGUGAGAAGUCUUAAAGGUUUCUCCUAAAAGUAAAUGUCAUCUCGGUAACAAUAAUAAAAGCCACAAAUUUCGAUAGUCUUUCAAUACCAACGAACUUAAAAGUUUCUCUUAAAAUCGAUAAAAAACCAGCUCUAAAAGUCCGCUUUAUAAAUUUACCAACGACUCUUAAAGUUACAAAAUCUUACCUAUUGAGCAACCAUAAUGGAUUCCUAUACGCUCGCUUCCUCGCAGAAAUACAGUCGUGAACAUGCAGAACGCCUCUGGAUAGGCUUGAAGUUUUGGGACUGAACCGAAUACUUGUUUAUCAGUGUUAAUAUUUAAGAUACCUGCUCAUAAAUUAGGACACGACUAGUUUCUCUGUCAACUAAGGUCUACAAAAAAAGGGAAAAUACCAGUAGUGAGUGGUUCUGUCAAAAGCUUUUUCUAAUCUUUUGCGUACUUACUUCUUGUAUAUCAUUCUCACCUACUGACUUACUCUCUAACGUGAAUAUUGUAUCUUUUGUUUUCCAGGUCCUGGCGGGAAGAAGUUAGGGAUUGUACUAGGAAUUGCGUUACCUAUCGCAUUGCUCAUAAUUGCCCGUUUGCUGUAUCAUUUUAUACGUCGUCAAAUGGCUAUACGCACAACUAGAAAUGAAUAUACACAAACAAAUUGAGUAAAUUUCGUGCCAAUUCCGUAAAAAAACACCUUUUUUUAUAGACCCUUAGAGAGGGGGGCAUUGGGGCUUAUAAGAAACCGCAAAACCAUAGAAAAAAAUAAUCUAAAACCAAAAAACCGAAAAAAAAAACGAUCAAAAUCGAAAACAGCAUGCAAAAAUGUCAAAAACGAUACAUUUUCAUAUUCCAGUUAUUAACACUCUGAUCGAUCCGAAACAGUGGUGACAAGUGGAAUAUACAGAGUAAACUACACCAAUUUCAUUACAGAAUUUAUGAAUGCCAUGGACUUGGCAUUCGCAUCUUCUAUUAUCUGCUUAAAUUAACAGCUGCACUCUCGAGGACCUUGAGUGUGGUCUCUGCGGACUCAGCGGCUGGUCAUAGAGCUUAGUUAAAUUGAGGAAAUUCGCACAAAAGUCCUCUAUAGGAUUGCAAUUUUGCAGUCGCAAAAAGCUAUAGCUCUGGAAAGUUUCAUCGAAAAUCCCUAAUCUAACAUUUCCAUUUGCGAACUAAGGCCUGAAAGUUUGGAAAUUCUACUGGAAUGUUGAAUCAAUCAGUCACGUGUGGCCUGUAACUUGGUUACCAACUUCGAGGUGGCGUUGAUAAAGAAACUCUGGCCAUGUUCCGUACUUAGCCGU